UUCGCGAGCCGAGGAGGUUUGUCCGCCGCAGGACGCUGUCCGCUCGUUGCCAGGGGCUGCCGGGAGGCUCCGGACGCGAAGCCGUCAGUGCGCGUCGCUCGCUCCUCCGGUUCGGCCGCGCUACCUGCUCCGCCAUGGGCGAGAAGGGCGAGGUGGAUCUCACUGGUGUCAAGCAGAACACCGGCAUGUGGCUGGUGAAGGUUCCGAAAUACUUGGCACAACAGUGGAAUAAAGCUUCAGGAAGAGGUGAAGUGGGAAAACUGAGGAUUACCAAGACCCAAGGAAGAAGUGAAGUGUCAUUUACUUUGAAUGAAGAGCUUGCAAGCAUCAGUGAUAUUGGAGGAAAACCUGCUUCAGUCAGUGCACCAAGGGAACAUCCGUUUCUUCUGCAAAGUGUGGGAGGGCAGACCUUAAUAGUGUUCACAGAAAGUUCAGUAGAAAGCCAGUCAGAAGAAAAAGCUGAAAGCAGCAGUGCUGAUAAACUUGCCUUGGAAGGAAUAGUGGUUCAACGUGCUGAAUGCAGACCCGCAGCUAGUGAAAAUUAUAUGAAGCUGAAAAGAUUACAGAUAGAAGAAUCUUCUAAACCUGUAAGACUGUCACAGCAGCUGGAGAAAGCCGUAACCACAAACUAUAAACCAGUGGCUAAUCAUCAAUAUAAUAUCGAAUACGAGAGGAAGAAGAAAGAAGAUGGAAAACGGGCUCGAGCUGAUAAACCACAAGUGCUGGACAUGCUUUUUUCAGCCUUUGAGAAACAUCAGUAUUACAACAUUAAAGACCUGGUGGACAUAACCAAACAGCCAGUGAUAUACUUAAAAGAAAUUUUAAGAGACAUAGGCAUCUACAACGUGAAGGGGACCCACAAGAACACAUGGGAGCUGAAGCCCGAAUACAGACACUACCAAGCAGAAGACAAGAGUGAUUAACGAAAGCAUUUAAGAAGCCUGAGAGAAUUAGAGUGAUUGCAAGGAGGGAACUAUGGUGGAUUUACAGGCAGGACUGAGCAAGGUUCAGCUUAAGUCAAAGCAGUUGGUAGUCUUCCGUAGCUUCAUUUUUUUCUCUAAGGAAUAUUUCUUCUAUCUUUCUAUAAGUAUUUUGUCUUUUUAGAGGGACAAAAUAUUUACAGAAUAAAGUUGUGUUGGAUUUAUUGUUGUCAGAAGUCUUUUGAGUUCUGAUCUUACUUUUUCUUGGUAUCGUUGUGGCUUUUCCAACCUUCAGUGACUUUGAAGGAAAACGUGUCCUGGAGGAACCCGUAACUUUGCAUCCCACUAGACUCAGGUUAAUACCCUCACUUCUGCUGGGAUGUAUCAGGGCUUCUGGAAGGCUGCAAAGGAACAUAACCCUUCAUGCAGUGUUUGGAUGGAAGAGACAUGAUGCUCCUUCUGGGAUCAGUCUUUAGGAAAACCAGCCACAACUACGGUGCUUACCACAGUCCUUCGACUCCAUGGGAACAAAUCGACACAGUUAAAAACCUGUAAAGCAAAGGCUGUUUGAUACGCAGGUGAGAGAGAAGACAACAAUCCCCUCCAGGUGAUUAUUGAGAACAGAAAAAGGUAUUGUCUGUCUAUCAGGUACAUCAAGGAGUAGAUUUUUCCUUUUUGUUGUUGUUGUUUUUUAUGAAGUCACCUAAGAUUUAUGUUUAAGCAUAUCAAUAAAAGCAUUAUUUUAAUUUG